AUGACCUCCAAAGAGCCCACGGUUAUGGAGGACCGGAGACGCAGUGCGCUGGACCAGCUCCCGCCGCCGGCCAACUCCAGCAAGCCCCUGACGCCGUUCAGUAUAGAGGACAUCCUGAACAAGCCCUCGGUGAAGAGAAGUUACUCCAGCUGCGGGACGGCGCACCUGCUCUCCUCCAGCGAGAAGCUGUCCUCUUCGAGUCACAAUCUGUGCAGCCGGGCCCUUUUCACCCAAACCUCCCCACUCUGCGCUCUGGAGGAGCUCGCCAGCAAAACCUUCAAAGGUCUCGAAGUCAGUGUUCUUCAAGCGGCAGAGGGUAAGUCUGGACAGUCACAUCUUUGUUUAUCCUAUGUAGUUAUUAUGUACAGACUGUGUAGCCUAGGGUGAUUCAGCUUAUGGUCUACAAAUGCAACUAACGAAAUAGAUAUCAAUGUUAGGUCUCUACGCGUGUGCUUGCAGUGGGUCUGUGCACACACAUAUUUCUUUCAGAAUUUGAGUAUUUAAUUAAAGCACGACGCAUGUUUUUGCAUAACGAUUUGAAAACAUAUAUGUGUAUCGAAUUGGUUAUUUUUAUGUGAACAAAAUAUAUUAAAGCUGAAUAGUUCCACCAUGUAAACACGAAUAAUAAGCGUAUGCGAAAUACUACUCCACAUAAUAAUUAUAACUAAUGUAAUAUUUAGUUUAAGAUUGUUAUUAUUAGACCUAUUGUAUCACAUUAUCUGUUAUUCGCCCAGCGUUUCCCAUACUCGGUCCUCGGGACACCAAGGGGUGCACGUUUUGGUUUUUGCCCUAAAUUCAAAUGAUCAAACCUUGAUUAUUCGUUGAUUAUUUGAAUCAGCUUUCAAGUGCCAGGGCAAAAAACAAAACGCGCACCCCUUGGGGUUCGAGGACCGAGUUUGGGAAACCCUGUAUUAGCCUAUAUGUAGCCUACCCUAUUGGUAAUAUUGUUGCUGUUGCUGUUAUUGUUAUUGUUGGUGGUGGUGGUUUUAGAUGAGAAAUACAUACAUAGGCCUGUUAUUAGUCUAGCAGUUAUUUCUGUAAGGUUUCUUGGAUCAACAUUAUGCCUGGUGAUUCACUAAAUGCCUAUAGGCUAAUAUCCUUAUCCUCUAAAUAUCAUUUCACAGGCCGAGACGGCACGACACUAUUCGGUUCGCGGAAUAACCCCAAAAAGCGCCGGAAGUCUCGCACGGCCUUCACCAACCACCAGAUCUACGAGUUGGAGAAGCGCUUCCUGUACCAGAAGUACCUGAGUCCAGCUGACCGCGACCAGAUAGCACAGCAGCUCGGCCUCACCAAUGCACAGGUAAUCACCUGGUUCCAAAACCGGCGGGCCAAGCUCAAACGCGACCUGGAGGAGAUGAAGGCGGACGUGGAGUCGGCCAAAUCCGUGGGCACAGUGUCUUUCGAGAAGAUGGCCAAACUAGCCGAGCUGGAGAAAUGCGCAGCUAACGGCGCGCUGGGCCCUAACAGAACCGAGUCACCCUCGCUAUCGAACCAUGAGCAUGACACAUCGAACAAACUAUUAUUGUCCUCACCUUCAUCGCCAUAUACAGACCAUACUAGCAGCAAGGGUUGCUCCGACGAUGAGGAGAUUGACGUGGAUGACUAA